GUGACUUCACUUUGACCGCCAUCUUGCAAUUUUUAUUUCCACCUCUUUUUCGCUAAAAACGCGAAGGAGGGUCGUUUUUGGCCCUUACUUUGACAUUAUAUAGCUUUGGAUUACACAAAUCAACACCCAGGAUGUCUGGGCAGAGUAUCAUGGACCGCGUUACUGCGGCAAAGCACAGUAUAGCAGGCUCCGGACUUGCAAAGUCAAUUUGCAAAGCGACAACCGAAGAAAUCAGUGGUCCCAAGAAGAAACAUAUCGAUUAUUUAUUACAAUGUACAAACGAGCCAAAUGUCUCAAUACCACAAAUGGCAGACCUCCUGAUAGAAAGAACACAAGACAAAAACUGGACCAUUGUAUUUAAGGCUCUUAUCACAGUUCACAACCUCAUGAAUAAUGGCAAUGAAAGGUUUUCACAGUAUUUGGCAUCUAACAAUUGCAGAUUCAACCUGGGUACAUUUCUUGAUAAAAGCGGAGUUCAAGAUAAAAUGGGAGGACAAGGGUAUGAUAUGUCUACAUUCAUCCGAAGAUACUCCAAUUACAUAAAUGCCAAGUGUGAUUCCUAUAGAGCUAUGGCGUUCGACUUCUGCAAAGUGAAAAGAGGGAAAGAAGAUGGUCUUCUGCGUACAAUGUCAGGGGAAAAGUUACUCAAAACAUUACCAGUCUUACAAGCCCAGGUGGAUGGUCUCUUGGAAUUUGAUUGUUCUCCUAAUGAAUUGACCAAUGGAGUGAUAAACGCAUCAUUCGUACUGAUGUUCAAAGACCUUAUAAGGCUAUUCGCCUGCUACAAUGAUGGAAUCAUUAACCUAUUAGAAAAAUAUUUUGAAAUGAAUAAAAAGCAAUGCAAAGAGGCAUUGGAUAUAUAUAAAAAAUUCCUUGUUCGGAUGGACAAAGUUGCAGAGUUCCUGAAAGUAGCUGAGAAUGUUGGAAUCGACAAGGGGGAGAUCCCAGAUUUGGCCAAGGCUCCUGCUAGCUUACUAGAGGCGUUAGAACAACAUCUUAGCUCACUAGAGGGUAAGAAAGCUGCCAAAGUGCCAACUCCGACACAGACACCUGCCAAUGUAGCAUCUGCUAUUAGUACAUACGCAGUCCAGAGCAAUAGUAAGUCAGCCACACCUAUCACUGAUGAAGAGAAACGCAGGGUACUGCAGGAGGAAGAGAAAAGAUUAGAACAGCUUAAAGAGCAACGUGCAAAAGAGGCCCAGGCAAGCCCUGCUCCAGCAGCUGCUCCCGCUCCUGUCGCUGCCCCUGUUGCUGCCCCUGCAACCACCCAACCAGAUUUGUUUAAUGCCCCCCAACAGAACAAUACAGCCUCAAAAGCUAGUGAUGACCUUUUGGGCUUGAACGAGAAUGCAUUUGAUGCAAAAAUAGCCAACGUUCUUCAGCUUAACCAGCAAGUACAACAGUCCAAUCAGCAGCAAGCAAUGUUCGGCAUGGGUCAGCCCGUUGCCAGUAACAACCCAUUCGGGGCACCUGCCAUGGGAGUAGGAGCAGGUCAGCCCCAAGUAGCAACCAGCUCCUCAUCAGCUUUUGACGCAAAUUUCGCUGCAGCUUUUGGAUCCUCAGCACCAGCUACUGGUGCCCCCGGAGCAGGUGGCUUAGCUGGAAUGGCACCAAUGCAGCCAGCUGCUACGCCUCAGACAGGUUUUGAUGGGUUUGGUGAUGUACUUCAGCCCUCAAAUAAAGUGGCGGAAAAACCUAAAGACCAGAAACUUCUCACUGGAGAUGUUGACUCAAGUCUGUCAUCAUUAGUAGGAAACCUUAAUGUGAAUGGGUCGGGAUAUCAAGUGAAAAAGCAGGAAAUGCAGUGGAAGCCCCAGGGUGAGAAAAGGAUGACUGGGGGUCAAAACUUUGGUCAGCAAGGCCUAGCCCCACAGACCAUGGCCCCUCAACAACCUGCUGGGGCAGGCUGGGGCCAGCCUCAGCAACAAGCGCCACCUAUGGGAUUCCAACCAAUGGGUUAUAACAAUAUGUACAAUUACAAUGCAAUGCAGGGAGGAAUGCAGCCAGCAGGGGGAAUGGGGAUGCAACCAGGAAUGGGGAUGCAGCAACAGCAAUUCAUGGCUGGUGGAAUGAGACCAAUGGGUGCAGGAAUGGGUAUGCAACAACAGCCAAUGGGCAACUUCCAACCUAGACAACAGACUCCAAAUGAUCCCUUUGGCGCACUGUGAAACCUAACUGUAUUUUAGGUUAAUGUAAUUAUUAGACUAAUAUAUAUCCAGACAGAUGCAAGUGAUAUGUGACAUGUGGGGAACUCCGCCAUAGAGAUGCAUGUAUUGUGUAUAAAUAGUGUAUAUCCAGUAAAACCUCAGAGCUUAUCUAACACUGAACAUUGAAUAGUCAACAACCACGAUGAAAGAUGGCGCUGCAGUCAAGGAAUUUCUCUCGAAUAAAUGAUGCAUCUAAAAACUAAUAUAAAAAAUGUAUCUGUGUGUCUUCAUUCCAUAACUUUUUUAUGAGAAAUAUCCUCACUCAUUUUGUGUCAUUUCCUUGUUGUGAACUAAGGAUAUGACAUUCAGAAUGAGUAUAAAUAACUUGGCAGCUGCUCUGUGUAGCUUGAGUAAUGUGUAAGCUAACACCCCUAUGUUACUAGAUGGGCUAGUCCAAAAUGAAUGGUUAGUCUAAUAAGGAUAAAAACAGAGGGGUGUUCCCAUGUUGUCUGCCAGAAGUUGUGAUUUGUACUGUACAGAGUCCAAUGGAUUUACAUGUGUGUACAGAGGAUUGUGCAUUACCCCAAGAUGCCAUGGUGGUCAU